AUGUCCAACUCUUCUAGCAAUGAUGACAUGAAAUAUCCUACAACGUCCAGGCAGGGCCGUCAGCAACAAAUUUACAAUUCUGACGGUGCUCGUCUGGUUGUUGGUGUCGUGCCUAUCCUCGCAAGAACCAAGCAGGUAGUUCUUGUGUCUAGUCGAACACGAACAAAUGAGUGGAUACUGCCGAAAGGCGGAUGGGAAAGCGACGAGACUCAAGAGGAGUCAGCGUUGCGGGAGGCAUACGAAGAAUCUGGCAUCAAGGGAACCCUGACUCGUAACAUUGGCACAUUCCCGCACACAAAGUACUUUCCUGACAGCGACAUCCCCACAUGCGAGUUUACUUUCUUUGAAAUGGAUGUAACAACAUUUUGCGAGGAUUGGCCAGAGCAGGGAGAACGACAGCGACGCUUGUUCAAUUUUGAGGAAGCUUCGAAGCUCCUUUCUCAUAAGCCAUUCAUGCAUCAAGCUUUGCUCAAGUGCUCUCUCAGAGCACAAUAG